CGAGUAACGGCAGCAGCGGCGGCGCUUAUGGCGAACAUCUGCGGCAUUUCACUCUUCGUAGCGCUGAUUCUUGCGAUCCUGAACACUUCAGCAUCUGAAGGACAACAGAAGAAAAUCAGACAGAAGAGAGAAUGGAUAAUCCCACCACACAAACUAAAGGAAAAUGUCAAUUAUAUAAAUCGGGAUUACAUAGCCAAAAUCCGUUCAGAUGAGGAGACCAGGACGAGUAUACAGUAUUCACUGACUGGAUCAGGUGCUGAUCAGCCGCCUGUCAACUUGUUCACUGUUGAUAGUGAGACCGGCUUGGUCAAGAUCCACGGAGUGUUAGACAGAGAGAAAACUCCCGUUUAUUAUCUUCGAGGGGUGGCCAGGUUUCUGAAUGGCAGUCAUGCUGAGAAAGAUAUUGAUUUGAGAAUCGUGGUGGAGGAUGAGAACGAUAAUGCUCCUGUGUUUAACCUGACAACCGGAGCUGUUUACGAGCGGAGCGCAAGAGACACGUUUGCAAAGACCAUCACAGCAACAGAUGCAGAUCAGCAAGGAACUCUGCAUACAAAAAUCGCCUACAGCAUUGCUGAACAGCAUCCUGAUAACAUGUUCUACAUUAAUCGAGAGACCGGUGGGAUACACGUCAUGCACAACACGCUCGACAGAGAGAAACAAGACACAUACACGUUGAUUAUUAAAGGGACUGAUAUGAACGGAGCUGCGAACGGAAAUACAGGAACAGGGACAGCUGUCAUCAAGAUUCUUGAUGUCAAUGACAACAUCCCUACUUUGGAGAAAAACUUUUACGAGUGCAGUGUGGAGGAAAACACUCGAAACGUGGAAGUGGUGAGAAUUGAAGUGACGGACGAGGAUCUGAUCUAUACUGAAAACUGGCUGGCUGUCUUUACAAUCGUGUCAGGAAACGAAGCCGGUUAUUUCUCCAUAAUCGCAGACAACAAGACCAACGAAGGCAUCCUGAUUCUCAAUAAGGAGCUGGACUAUGAAGAGCUGAAGGAAAUCAGCAUGCAGGUGUCUGUCGCUAACAAGGCAGAGUAUCACCCUUCAGUAGUCGUAACAGAGAGCAAGACGUACACCGUCCACGUCAGUGUGAUCAACCAGCCUGAGGGCCCUCGCUUCAAACCCGCCGUCAAAGUCAUCACCAUCUCUGAAGAAAGCUCCAGCACUACUUUAAAUAAAGUUAUAACAAAUUACGCAGCAAUAGACAGCGACACGCUAUUAACUGCUCAUAACGUCAGGUAUGCAAAAGGACAAGACGUUGACAACUGGCUGAUUAUAGAUGAGAGGACGGCUGAUAUAAGACUCAAUAAAAUACCAGAUUAUGAGUCCAAGAUUCUGGUCAAUGGCACAUAUUACGCUCAGAUAAUCUGCAUCACUAACGAUGCUCCGUCUAAAACUGCAACAGGAACCAUUGCCAUUCAAGUAAAGGACUUUAAUGACCACUGUCCUGUGCUGAGCCGUCAGUCUCAAACGCUGUGCUAUGAGGAUCACGUGGUUUAUGUCACGGCUGUGGACAAAGAUCAGUUCCCCAAUGGAGCACCCUUUGGUUUCAAAGUGGACACCAUAAGCACAAAGGAGUCAUGGAGCAUCGAACCUCUCAACGACACUACAGCGAUAUUCAGAUCUCAAAAAACACUGUGGCCCGGCGUGUACCAUGUGUUUGUGGACGUGUGGGACCAGCAGGGGAAGAUCUGCGCUGCUCAGGAGCUUCAGGUAAACGUCUGCACGUGUGACGCUUCUAAAGUUUGCCUGCCCAGAAAAACCGUCUCUACGUUUGGAGCAUCUGGUGUUCUUCUGAUGCUGCUGGGACUGCUGCUGCUGCUCUGUGAGUAA